CACGGACAGCGGCGCCGGGGAGCGCGGAGCAAGAGCGGAGCCGGCGCCGAGAAGAUGACUCUGAACACGCAGCAAGGGGGCAAGGGCCCUGUGCACAGACGGGCCAGCACCCCGGUUCCCCUCUCCCACCAGUCCAGGCCAGGGAUCCGUGAGCCGAGGCCCAACCCCGUUGAGCCCCAUCACUCUCCGCUUGGCUACUCCUCGUCCUUCGAGCCUGGAGACAAAGCUCCCGUCGCGCCGUGCAGCAGCUGGUCAUCGGACUCGGCUGACUCUGACAGCUCCUGGGAAUCCUCGUAUCGCGUGGUGCUGCUGGGGGACCCUGGUGUGGGCAAGACCAGUUUGGUGAACCUCUUUGCCGGGAUCCAAGAGCGGGACCUGCCGGAACAGCCGGGAGAGGACGCCUACGAACGCACCCUGUCGGUGGAUGGGGAGGAGACCACGCUGCUGGUGAUGGACACCUGGGAAACAGAGAGGCGGCCCCAGGAUGAGGAGAACCGGUCCCACAAUUACUGCAUGCAGGUGGGGAAUGCCUAUGUCAUUGUCUACUCCGUCACCGACAGGGUGAGUUUCGAGAGCGCCUCUGAGCUGAGAAUCCAGCUGCGCCGGACCCGGCAAGCAGAGAACAUCCCCAUUAUCCUGGUGGGGAACAAGACGGACCUGGUGCGGUGCCGAGAGGUCUCGGUGGAAGAGGGCCGGGCCUGCGCCGUGGUCUUUGAUUGCAAGUUCAUCGAGACGUCUGCCACUCUCCAGCACAACGUGACGGAGCUCUUUGAGGGGGUGGUGCGCCAGAUCCGCUUGCGCCGGGACAGCAAGGAGGCCAACGAGAGGCGCAAGUCCAUCUACAAGCGCAAAGAGAGCCUCACCAAGAAGGCCCGGCGCUUCCUGGACAGACUGGUCGCCAGGAACAACAAGAAGGUGGCUCUGAAAGUUCGCUCCAAGUCUUGCCAUGACCUGUCCGUGCUCUGAGACCUGUCACAAAACAGGACACUUCCUUCUCAUGCGUAAGGGGACCUUCCAAGCGGCUUUCUGCCAUGUACAUAGGGGUGUGUGAACUUUCUUCUCUGUUUGUGGCAUGUGGACAGGACCUUUCAGGGCAGAGACGAGACUCAUCUGGAGCAAUAACCCAGGAGACGGCGCCGACUUCCUAACCAGACCCUCAGAACCAAAGUGAC